AUGUGCGGCACGCAUCGACUCAGUAAGCUGAACGAGCGUCGCGAGUCCAUCAAGCUACUGCGAAAGGUAGAGCUUGUUGCGACGGAAGUUUCAGUGCGUUUGAUGCACUUGGAAAACCAAGUGAAGGAACUGAUUGAGUACGAGACCAAGAAAGAGGCGUGUGAGAUCGAAGAGGAAAACCCCGCUGCCAAUUCCACACUGAACUCCUACUACCACUUCGACUCACAAGGGAGCAAGCUCAAGACCAAAUGGGACUCGUACGACGUGGACGCCGAGCUGGAGCGUCUUGAAAAGGAAGAGAGAGGAGAGGAAGUUGUGGCACCCGCAGCUACGAAGUCUGCGCGCAAGGUACCGCAAAUUACCAGGUUGAAAGCCCUCGCCACUUCACAAGGCAUCGAGCACGAAUUCGAGGCUGUGCUGUCGUUCUUGGACGAUAUUCGUGGCGACGACGAGGUCAAGCGGCUUCGCAAGGCUAUCGCGAACAAGGUCACGAAGGAGUACUUCGCACGUAUCGACACGCUUCAGUCGAUGCUCGCCUGA